AAAGCUGAUGAUUGGCACAUCAUUGGUGUAUAUAUAAAGCCAGCACUUUAGGUGAGAUUGACAUAGGACUUUUAAGACUUAUUGAGAAGACUACAACUGUAAGAACCAGAAGAGAGAUGCCAUACUCUGUAGUAAGAGGGUUCCUUAUCCUGUUAUCCUGCUCAUUUGUUACCAUUUUCUCUAAAGCCACAAUAUGCUACGACUGCACCAGUUGGAACCCUUACUGUGCCAGUUCUGUUGAUUCACCAUUCCCUGAAGCUGUAGCUACAGUUGAGUGCAAUGUCACAAAAACAUGUUUUAUUCGCAAAGAGAAAGAUGGAAUGAUUUCACGUGGAUGUGCUGAUUGGUGGAUGUUUAGCUCCAUUGUUUCUGACUACCUCGGUUGCCAGGAACAAGUCCCAGCAUGGAUGAAGCCCCAGGAAUGGUGUUUCUGUGACACAGACCUCUGCAAUGGCCAAUCAAUGGCAGAUGUGAAGAAACUGAAUGGUGAAAUUCAUGAAUUCAAUCAAGAUGCAGAAAAUCCAGUUGAAAUGGUCAGUGACGAGGAAGAGAUGGAGUCUGAAGAGGUUGAUGCUAUGGAACAACAUGUACCUCACUCUUCAUCUUCUGUUACCACCAUUCUACCUUGGUGGUGGUGGUAUGUACACUGGUCAACUGAGAGACCCUACUGGAUGGAUGGGAAGGCUAAACACAGCAGCAAUAACAACAACAACAACAACAAUAACCGCAACAACAAACAGAAAAUAAAUGGUAUCAGAGGAAUUCGUACAAAGGAGUUUGAGGACAGCCCGGUGAAAUCCCCUAAAACAACCCAGAAAGAAGGAUGGGAAAACAGCAAAACAACAAAACAUUCUGGGCAUUGGGAGGCAGCCGCCGUCCCAACUGGAGCUUCAGCAGCAGAUAAGGUGCAAAAAGUAAAGCCCAAGAACAUCAAACAAGUGGACAAAAUUGCUGGAGGUAACAAUCUAGAAGCUUCCAAAAAUGAAAUUGAAGAAUCCUUAUCAGAUUUCUUCUGCUGGGAUUGCUAUGAUGACAACCCUUUGUGCGGAGAAGUUGUCCAGACUCCAGUCAGUUAUUAUGUAGGGCGUGUUGCUUGCCCUAUCACCCAGAAGUGUUUCAUCCGAAAGGACAAUGGAGGUAAUAAUAAUCAUUAUUAUCGUCUUUUUUUAUUAACCACAAUAUGAUCAUUAAAGAACCUGAUGUUUACA